AUGACGUUACCAUACCAAUGCCUUGCGGCGUGUACGCGAUCUGCGGCUGUUGGUAAUGGGUGGCUGCUCUUCGGUGCGACUGGCUCGGAACUCGUAGUGCAAUCUUCUACUGGCGCUGCAUCACAUUGGAGCCCGGAAAUUCCCACGCCUGAAGUGAAGGAACCUGCCCUUGAGGGUGAACACGAAGGCCCGCCUGGAAAACGGGUCAAACUCACGCCCGUGACAGAACCCAAACCAAAUAUAUCACAUUUGAAGACCACACAAGACGGCCAACAUCUUGUUGCGGUGACUGCGGAGGACAAGUGUAUUCGAGUCUUUCAGAUUGAUGAUCAAUGCCGUUUGGAGCAAUUGAGUCAGAGAUGCAUGGCGAAACGCCCUUCCUCGAUUACAUUGACCGCAGAUGAUACUACAAUUCUGUGCGCGGACAAGUUCGGGGAUGUUUAUUCUCUGCCUCUAUUGCCAUCUCCUGAAGACGAACAGGGGGUUAUCUUAGAGCCUAACGACGAGCAGAAGAAGUUCGCACCCUCUGCCAGUGUUCUCACAGUGCACUCUGGGAGGAACCGCAAAGCCUUAGAAGAACAGCUGAAACAAGCCGAGAAAGGAAAAAAGCAGGUGAAAGAAACGCCAAAGUUCAAGCAUCAACUUAUAAUAGGCCACGUCUCUAUGCUCACAGACAUCGCAUGUACCAAGGUUGGCUCUCGUAGCUACAUACUCACUGCAGAUCGAGACGAGCAUAUUCGUGUGUCUCGUGGAAUACCGCAGGCCCACAUUAUUGAAGGAUUCUGCCAGGGCCACGAGGAGUUCGUCAGCCGCGUCUGCUUCGCAAAAGCAGGACGUCUAGUCUCCGGUGGUGGAGGCCCGUACCUGUACGUCUGGGACUGGCUGUCAUUCCGCCUUUUAGAAAAGCUACCUCUCCAAGGACCCAUACUCGAGCACUACAAAGGACACCCAUUUCAAGCUGGAGCUACGGACUUCAAGGUUGCUGUAUCUCGCAUAUGGUCGGUUCCAAAUAGUGCGCAAGAGGUCGAUGAGGUCCUAGUAGCCUGCGAGGGCGUUCCAGCGCUCCUGAGCUUCAAGCUUGGUGGUUCUUCAGGAGCAGGAAAGGUGCUGCCCUUAGACGGUAAUGUGCUCGAUCUGUCAUUCAUUGAAGUGGAUGGAGGCCGUGUCACAGCGGCAGUCUCGAUCGAUCAUGUGCACAAGCCAGGUUCCACGCAAGAAGUUCGCCAGGAGCCGGGGACGUCACGGCUACAGUACCUGUGUCGCAACAACUCAGGAGAGUGGGAGCACGACAGGACCCUAGCAGAGGCGCUCGAAGGGUUCGGCCAGACCGUCCCAGAUGAAGAGCAGGAUUUGAGUACUGCGGGUGAAGAAAUUCGAGGUACAGCCGACGACAAAGCAAAAGCACUUCGAGACCUCCUGUACGGCAUUGAAAACUUGAGGAAGCGUCCAGGCGCGGAGGAUUAG